AUGAAAUUUUUAUCUUUAUUUAUUUUAGUCUAUUUUAUUGAACGAUUACAAUCAAUAUGGUUUGAAAAUUGUAUUAAUAUUCAUUUUCUACUAUCUUCUAUUGAUAAACAAUCAUUAAAAAAUGUUAUAAUACGUCAUUCAACAUGUGAUUAUAUUAUAUUAAAAAAUUUUCUUGAUCAAUUAGAUACUGUUCGUUAUUUAGAUUUAGCUUCAUUACAAAUUAUUAAAUUAUCAAAUCAAACUAAUGAACAAUUAUAUCUUUCAUCGAAAUUAAAAACAUGUAGUCUAAAUAGUACAAUAUUAAAAUUCUAUUCGUUUUUGCCUCAUAUAUCAUUACGUUCAAUUGAAUUAAUUGAUAUUAAUGUUGAUAUAUUAUCCAUGAUUCUCAAUCAAUUUCAAUCAUUAAAAAUAGUGUGUCUUUUUUUUACAACUAAAAAUCUUUCAUUCUCAUCAAUAAUUAAUUAUUUUCAACAACAUCAAUAUUUUCAAUUAUUAAUUCAUUUUCAUUUAUUAUUUAUUGAUGAUGAACAAAAAUUAUUACCAUCAAAUAUUUUAAUUAUGCCAAUUAAAAAUUCUCUAUCUUGUUUUCAUUAUGAAAAUCUACUUGAAUAG